UUCAGAAUUCAUUAAAACUCGGUAUUAAUUUAUUAUCUUAUUAUAGGUCUUAUAUGUUUUUUACUGAACAGAUGUGAUAAAAAGAUAACCCUAAGCUCACUCAAUAUUGUUUCUUGUAUUCAUUUAUAGACCUAACAGAAGUCAGCAACAAAAAAUGAAAAAUCAGUCAUCUGUGAAAGAAUUCAUUCUCCUAGGAUUAACAGAUGACCCGGAGCUAAACAUUUUAAUUUUUCAUUUUCUGUUUUUCACAUAUAUACUGAGUAUAACUGGAAACCUGGCAAUUAUUACCCUUACUCUGAUAGACCCCUGUCUCAAAACUCCCAUGUAUUUCUUCCUUAGGAAUUUUUCUUUCUUAGAAAUCUCAUUCACAACAGUUUGUAUUCCUAGAUUUCUGGUUAGCAUUAUAACAGGGAACAUGACCAUCUCCUAUAAUUCUUGUAUGGCGCAGGUGUUUUUCUUCGUACUCUUUGGUGCAACAGAAUUUUUCCUUUUAACUGUUAUGUCGUAUGAUCGUUAUGUGGCCAUCUGUAAGCCGUUGCAUUACACAGCAAUAAUGAACAGCAGAGUCUGCAUCCAGCUGGUGAUAAGCUCUUGGCUGGCUGGAUUUCCUAUUAUCUUUCCAGCUGUAAUCUUGGAACUUCAACUGGAUUUCUGUGACUCCAACAUCAUUGAUCACUUCACCUGUGACUCCUCUCCCAUGCUGCUGAUUUCCUGCACAGACACAGCAUUCCUAGAGCUCUUGGGGUUUCUCCUGGCAGUGGUCACUCUUGUGGUCACCUUAACAUUCGUGAUUCUUUCCUAUGCUUUAAUCCUUAGGACAAUUCUGAGAAUCCCCUCUGCUGAGCAAAGAAAAAAGGCUUUUUCCACUUGUUCCUCACACAUGAUUGUUGUCUCCAUUUCGUAUGGAAGUUGCAUUUUCAUGUAUGUCAAAACCUCAGCAAAAGAAGGGGUGGCUUUUACCAAGGGCAUAGCAGUGCUCAAUACCUCCGUUGCCCCAAUGCUGAAUCCUUUCAUUUACUCCCUAAGGAACCAACAGGUAAAACAGGCCUUUAAAAAUGUAAUCAAAAGAUGCUUCACAAAUAAAUUUCAAUCAUGAGGAAAUUCAAAGCCUCUACUUUAAAUUGGACUUUAUACCUAAUGCAAUAUUAACAUUGUUCUGUUUCUCAUCCAUUACUGAAUUCAACUUCCCUUUCUUUCAGGUUUUGUUCUCUAUCUUUCUAAGUUUUAUUUCUCUGGUUCAACUAUCAUUUUAC